AUGAGCGGCGUGAUGCCUGCGUUUUCAGCGUCAUGUCCAAGUCGUCCCGUGGUCUUGACGAAGCCCACCGUGCCGCCUUUCGGCUCAGUAGCGAAAGCCAAGCUUCAUCAACGAAUAUGGCUUCGGUUGCUGCAACACCACAAAGCCUCGGCCGUGACGUCCGUGCCUCCUGCUGCUUCUAAAGCUACCUCCACGGAGCGUUAA